AGUGAAGGAAAUGCAGGCUGACUCGAUGCGAGAAUCAUGAGGAAACUUGCUCUCCUAGCUAUUGCGAACCUCCUGACAUCCUACGCGUCGUUUCUAGCCGUCGCCGGCUCGAAAGCGUCGUUCCAGCGGAAACAAGGAGCCCAGAGCAACAAUCACGGCAACAUUUCCGAGCUUCUCGACAACCUGCUUCGGGGAUACGACAACAGUGUUCGCCCGGAUUUUGGCGGCCCUCCGGCGACGGUCGAAGUCGACAUCAUGGUGCGCAGCAUGGGUCCCAUUUCCGAAGUCGACAUGACCUACUCAAUGGACUGCUACUUUCGGCAGUCCUGGGUCGACAGGCGGUUGGCCUUCAAGGGUGGUAAGGAGACCUUGGCCUUGAGCAUAUCGAUGCUCGCAAGGAUAUGGAAGCCCGACACAUACUUCUACAACGGGAAGCAGAGCUACCUUCACACGAUAACAAGCCCGAACAGAUUCGUCAGGCUUUAUCAGGACGGGAGGGUGCUUUACAGCUCGAGGUUGACGAUAAAGGCUGGCUGUCCGAUGAACCUCGAGGACUUUCCCAUGGAUAUACAAAGGUGUCCCCUGAAAUUUGGCAGCUUUGGUUACACGAGCGAAGACGUGAUUUACAAGUGGAACAAGGCUCGACAAGUCGCCAUUGCCGAGGAUAUGAAACUUUCCCAGUUCGACCUCGUCGCUAAUCCAACCGCCAACCAUUCAGCCGCACCAUCAAUGACCCACAGAGAGUAUUCGAUCUUGAUGGUAUCCUUCCAUCUUCAGAGACACAUGGGAAAUUUUUUGAUCCAAGUUUACGGACCCUGCAUCCUCCUUGUUGUACUUUCUUGGGUUUCUUUUUGGCUAAAUCGCGAGGCAACCGCUGACAGAGUUUCCCUUGGCAUUACGACGGUGCUGACGAUGACUUUCUUGGGAUUGGAGGCGCGGACCGAUCUCCCAAAAGUUCCUUAUCCCACUGCGUUGGAUUUCUUUGUGUUUCUCUCAUUCGCCUUCAUAUUUGCUACGAUUAUACAAUUCGCUGUUGUUCACUAUUUCACCAAAUACGGAUCGGGCGAGUGUUACUUCAGCUCGGAUUUCAGCGACAUGGAUAGCGACAGCGAUAGCGAUAAGGAUGAUUGGACGAGGUCGAGUCAACGACACGAGGAGCGGCGGAAAUCGUCGAGUGCAUCAAAUUCACGCAGACGAGGGAGUCGAGGGUGUCCUGCGAGUCGAGAACGGAUCGUGGAAGUGAUACCGCUUUCCGAAAUCCCGUUUCCGGAAAUGCGACGCCGUUCGAGCGGACAGUGGCAGUUGACUUGCCUGCCCUGCAGUCCGCCACCUCCGGUCCCGGAGCCUCCUCGUAGGAUAUCGACGAGAAAACGACGGAAAAGAACGCCGAGAUACAAUUCGGUUUCGAAGAUAGACAGGGCUAGCAGGGUUGUUUUUCCCUUGUUGUUUUUAGCUAUCAACGUUUUUUACUGGUGGGCGUACCUCGCCAGGAGCGAGCGCAUUUCUUAUUACAAUACAAAUUCACCAGCUGCGUAAAAAAGAUUUUUU